AUGGCCGCGAACUAUGCAGCUGCUGUAGAGCUGUUGAAAAAGCGGUUUGGUAAAAAGAUUGCGAUUCAAAGAACCUUGGUAAACGAACUUUUAAACACGCAACCAGUGUUCAACGACGGUGACACGGUGAGGCUGCGAAAUCUGUACGACUUUGUUGAGUCGAAAUACAGAGCGUUGCAAGCUCUACAGGUUGAAGAACAGAAUUAUUCGGAGAUAGUCGUACCGGUCCUUUUGGAAAGGAUCCCCGCAUCAAUUCGUUUGACGAUCACUAGAGGAACGAAUUACUUGGAGUGGAGUGUACAGGAAUUGUUGGCGGCCCUACUCACUGAGGUUGAACUGCGAGAGGAUCAUUGCUUGAACCAACGUGGAUUCAGUGACCGCAGAAAGGUGUCAGUUAUCCCGACAGCAAAUGCGCUUUUUGGAAGGAAAGGAGAGGUCAAGGGAUGCGCCUUCUGCCUAGGAAAUCAAGCGCCAGAAAACUGCACGAAAGUGAACGACAUUGGCGAACGUAAGAAACUACUUAUUAGAUUUGGUAGAUGUUUUAAUUGUAAUGAUAAGGGCCAUAGAGCCAGAGACUGUGAAAAAACUGUACAAUGUAAGCACUGUAAGGGGUCACACAAUACUUGUUUAUGCGAAACCAAACUAGGGCAGUCUUCUGGGGAAAAUAGCACCCGUCUAGCAGAAAACUCGGUUAAUACCCAGCUCGUUGGCACCGAAUGUAGAAUCGCACUUCAAACAGCUCAAGCGAUCAUUAGCGGGGGAUCAUUAGCGAGUCUUGUUCGAUUCGGGCAGUCAUAG